CGCUUACAAAAGGAAAUAUUGACAAAGUAUUCACGUGUGUAUAUGAGUGCAAGCUAUUGCAGCUGGAUGAUUGCAGAAGUUACCUUAAAAAAACUGGUUCCUUUGUUUUGGGUUGACUUUAUUUCUUCUUGAGUGUGCGCUUGCUUGAAGGAAAUCGAAAAUUUUAUCACAAAAUAAAGGUCACAAGAGUAGAUAUAAAUAGCAAGGAUUUUUUUAGAGAGAGAAUCGUUAGCCUCAGAUAUUCUUCGGGCAAAGAACACCGCCCCGGCGCUAAGUAUUCUCUUUAUUCUUCUUCGAAGAAUAACAAUAUAUAUAUAUAUAUAUAUAUAUUAGCAUUACUAAUACGUAUUUUUCAUUUGAAAAUUAUUUCUUGUUUUACCUACUUUAGUCAUUUGAGUAGGCCUCACAGGUGUUUGGCUUUACUUUUUUUUUCCAAUUCAGAUUGUGUCUAAGUGUUGAAAAUAUACUUGGGAACUCAUCAGUGGUAGCAGAAAGGCGGUGGCGAGUGACGGGUGCAACGAUUUCCCACGACUCUUUUGCCCCUCACAAGAAGCAUUACUCGCCUUUCCUAGUGCAUCACAUUCUUAACCUCCUUAAAAUAGAAAAGUGAUGAUGAUCAGUUUUAAAAAAAUUGCCGAGUUUCUUAAAAAGGUGGGUAGUCGGGACACUUCCGCACCUUCAGGAAAGGAUGCAAAAAAUGCUAAGAACACCAGCAAUGCCACGACAGAGGUACCCUCCGCGUUCGCAGACAAAUCUAUCCCAGUUAGCAAUGUCCUUAGAGGUCUCCCACCGAACGCAUCAAAACAAGCGGUCCUGCUACAUAUUCAAGCGAUGGUCGAGAAGCGUUUCCGAGUCGCUAAAAAAUCUAGGCUUUUCUUCACUCAGGACAAAUUCAGUCGUCGGACCUCAGUGAUGUUCUUGGAAGCGGAGACACUGCAACGGCGAGUGUCCUCAUCAAUUAUCUCGCUCACUGGUGAUGCGUUGAUUAAAGGCUCAAGUCCUGUUGCACAAGACUCUGAAUUUGGAAACGCAACGGCAGCGUCGCCCUGCGCGAGCAGUCAUCACCAACAUCAAGAAAACGUCGGGCCGACGCUGACGGAUACAUCGGCGCGCCAUUCUCCUCAUGCGAAUUCGGUGAAGGGCGGUAGUGGCUCACUCCAUGGGGAGCUCACUACGCCCGCAUCGACGACCGUAGGUGCGGCGGAAGGGAUUUUGCCCUUGCCUGGCCAAGUGGAGGAUAUUAAUGCGUUGACGACGUCUUUGGAUCAGGAGCGGGCGGAGCUCAUCGAGGCACUCGAUGUGUGUUUGCAGGAGGUGCCCGAGAUGGAUGAAAUGGAACUGCAUGAACACAUACGGCAGUGCAUAGCCAAACGCGACGCAGGCUUCAGGAGUGGAAACAGGAGCCCCUGCCCAGAGAUCCCGGACACACCCUUUCAUAGUUCAGAUCUUCAGUCACCUGACGUCGCCCAUUCGAUGAAAGAUGAGCAAACAACCACUACCGAAGAUGCCCACCCCUGUAAUGAGAUUCAGGGCAGCGACGGCCCUGCUAAUGAUGAAAAUGUGGGGGUGGUGGAUCCGAUCGGAACGCAGCAAUCCUCAUCACACGAGUCUCACUUCAAAUCCGACUCAGAGAUCGUGACGAUCUACGAGUGGCGCCAGCUCCUGUUGUCGCUCGUAGAGCUUCUCAUUUAUACUGAAAGCGACAUUCUCUACCAACAGGCUUUCUAUACGCAACGAAAAGGAGAGGAACAGGAGAACAUCAUCCUCGUUCAGCAGCUGCAGCAAAUACGGGCAAACCUAUUGCCUGCCGCGGCGGAGUCCGAUACACCUUUACCAUGUAUCUCGCCCGAAAAGCGCGGGGGUAGUCAACAGCAGGUGCGGCAUGCAUCUGAAACACCCACGGCGGCAGUAGACGAGCGUGCUGAUGCGCCUUCAUCGACCGCGCGGACUCCCCCGACGGGGCCUGCGCAGCACCAACCCCCCCCACCACCACACGGCUCUCCCGUCGCUGCGCGGGCAACCCCUUUGUCAUCUGCUGAUACCACCGCGAAGGUGAAAGCCGCCGAACAGGAGAUGACGAAAAGCAUCAAUAAAGUUCUCAGCUCCGCCUGCUCGCUGGCGACGUGGAUCGUCCUCCGUUCGAUGCUUCAACAACACAUUCUCCGCUUAGAGACGUCCGCGAUGGAGGCGUUGCCGUCGCAGGAGGCUGGCGUGUUGAAACCAUCCGACAGGGUAAGCGAGGAAAAAGACAAGGAAAGUGGGAAGUUCGAUAGCAAAAGCACGGAGUCCUCGGGCGUCAUGGCUGCCGCGGCGGUCCCCUCUCAGCGAAAGGUCCUAACGGUGGACUGGCCGGAGGUGGUGAGCAAUCUGCGGGAGCUCCUGUAUCCGUUUGGACCCUCCAUGGCCGAGUGCGUCCUCUGCGCGAGCUUUUUGCGGGAUGACGGGUUGGAGUUGAUGAUGUGCAUGCUGCAGGAGCCCUACGCGCGGGCUUUGAUCGAGCCGAUCCUCACCAGCGACGAGCGGCGACGGCAGCAGGGCGUGUUUCUCAACCGUGGCCAUCCAUCGGGCGCGAAUCCGCCCGAGGGCGGGGUCGUCCACGCGCCAAAUCCCCACCUCCCUGCAGGAAACGCGAGUGGAGGAGGGGGAAGUGGAAGUGGAAGCGGCGGAGGGGGUGCCAAAUCCGCCGCAGGGCCUUCGGCGAUCUUCCCUCCGCCCGGGCGCGGCGGCCUCGGGCUCCCUCCACCCCUCCUCGUCACCACCCCGGCCCCCAUCCCAGACGGCCCCACCCUCGACGAUCUCCUCGCCGAGGUGGAGCUCGCGUACAAGGAAGGGGUCCUGAAGAGCUGGGCGGAGUACCUCAAGCACAGCCUUUACGUGCGGGAUGACGACGACGGGCGAUCCGCCGUAGGGGCCUCCGUUGCGGCCCCCAUCCCCCUCACGACGGCCACCCAAGUCGCGUUGGAUUCGACCGAGGACAAAACCGCCAAAAGCAGUUGGGAGAUGCCUUCCGGCACGCAGGCUCAGGAUGGGUCGAUUACCACUAUCGACUGUGGGAGCACCUCUGAAGAAUGCGAUUUAAAGGGCUUACUACUAAAUGUGAACGAUGCGGUGAUUUGCCAGCUCGCCACGGCCUUCUUUUUCUGCUCCGAUGAGUGGAAAAGUGAGUGCCGGAAGGCACGCUUUGCUUUUCUGCAUUUUUGCAUGCAUAAGUCUGCACAGAAAAGGAAAGCCGCGUUCGGGCAGGGGCAUGUCGUUGCUAGUCUACACGUGAACCCUGAGAAACCACACCCACUACCUAUAGAAGACGAGCUUCCAUUGGCCUCGAAGAGUGCGGAGGGCUUCACAACAAACCACCAACUCUCUACCUUUGCUCCAGAAGAUGAUGUAUCAUUGCAAAAUUCUUCGAAAAACGCUGCCGAAUAUAGCAGUCUCACGGAAACCAGGAACCUGCUUGAGGCGUCUGGAUCCCCAGAGCUGGUGAAUAUCAUCUGUGAAAGCAGCCCUGCUUUGCCUUCCACCUUAUCGUUUGCUUUAUGUAAUCCCUGUGCAACAGCGACCGUAGAACCUGGAACUGAAGGCUCCGCUUUUCUCAAGAAUGUUAACACCACCAAAGCCCACCACAGUCCCGUAAGUUUUAGUUCUCGAAGCAUUCCCGGGUACCAGCCCGAACAGCCCACCUUGUACUCCGUUGGUAAGGAAAUGCUAGCGCGGAUAACGAAGAUGUCGUGGGCGGCCGCACUACACAAACGUGUUGAGCAUUGUAUUACCGAUCAAACACCCGCCCUCGAGGUUGCAAACGCGUACGCGCGGGAAGAGCGCCAGGUUUCCGGGAUGCUCAGUAACUUUCGUGCGCGUCAGCGAGCGCUGAACUCCAUCCUUAAAUCCCACCUGUCAGCCGGUCGCUCGCACGAAGCCCUCGCCAUCGCGAACCGGCAUUUUAAAAACGAGCGCAAGGAGUGGAGUAGUCGGGCGCAGACUAUCUUCUCCGCGAUGCAGUACCUUCAGUCAAUGGUGCAGCUCGUGCAGGCCCAGGCGGCAUGUCAUGCGUAUGGGGCCGUGAUCGAAACCGGGCAAUUCGUGCUCCUUCAAUGCAGCCUGUGUGAGCAAAUGCUCCAGGUGAUCUCCCCAAAGCCAAGAGGGGCCUUUAUCCUACGCUUCGGCAACCCGCGUGUGAAGCUGCUCAAUACGAAGGUGUACCUAACGAGGGAGCUGUGGUAUUCGUACGCGAUGUUCAAUAAUCACGCGCGGGCGGAGAAGCUUUUUGAUGAGUGCAUCAAAAACAUCCUCCAGCUACGAAAGAAACUACGCGAAGACGAGCUCUUCGACGCCCUGAUGAAACGUGGCAAGCAACUCAUGAACAUGAAGGAGUUCCACAGCGCGGUGGAGCUGUUCAAGCAGGCCGUCAACAUCUCCGCGGCGGCGUUGAAAACGGCCCCUAUUCCCCACACCGGCGGCGGGAUGGCAAACCCAACGAACCCGAAUCCCCCUGUCGGUGGGGGAGCGGGGGUGGCUGGGGUAGGACCCCCGCCAAACAACCCCCCUAUCCCCCCUCUUCCCCCUCCCACCAGUGGGAAUGCCGCGUGCGAUGGGACGUCGGGGAAUCCCUCGGGAGGAGGAGGAGGAGGAGGAGGGGGGGGGGCCGCGCUUCCGGUCCCGGCGAACGCGCGGGUCGCGUCCACGGCGUUUAGCGUGAACCUCCACCUCCAUCGCGCCGGGUCCUCGGACCCGAGCAGCGCGGACGAGCACCCGCCGAUCAUCCUGAGUCGCCACGACGAGGCCGGCCUUGAGCUGGCCUGGCGGGCCGCCGAGAGCCAACGCAUGCUGGCCCUCGCCUUUGUGACCCAGGCCGAGCACGAGGUCAACGUCCAGGCCCGUCGGGUGCAGCUCAGCAACGCGGUCAACAACGCCUACGCGUCGCAGGCCUCCCUGCAGCGGUGGCAAGCGAACGGGGGGACGCCGAAGCGGAUGCUCACCGCCGUCCCUUCCAGUCUGAUCGUGAUCGCCAAGGCGUUGUUGCUGCUCGGGCAACCCAAGAAGGCCGCGUUGUUGCUUGAGCCGUUGAUUGAAACGAAGCCGAACGCGGUGUCGGCGUGGCCGCCGAUGUGGGCGGAGAUUCUGGAUCCCACCACGGAACCGCUUACCGCCGAGGAUAUCGCGCUACGGAUUUACGUGAACUCCGUUCGAAUCGCCGUGUUUCAGCUCUACGGGCAAUGCUUGAGUAAGUUUGACGGGGAGCGCGCGUUACGGGUGGUGGAGCGCACCCGGGCGUUACUGCAUGAGAGCUUCUAUUGGAUGCAUGUGGUUCGGAAAAAGAUUUGCGCGAAACCGCCUCCUAAAAUGGGGGGUAACCUAUCUUUUAAUUCAUCCUCAAAGCAGAGGCUCGCCACCGACAAGGGGCCCUUGGGAGAUAGUAAACACAGCGACCCUGUCGUUGGCACGACGUCGCCCGAGAUCGUACGUGAGGUGGAUUACCUCGACGGGAUCGAAAAUCGAUUCACCGAUAUCGGUAGCCAGGCCCCUUCGAAUCCAGAGGAAGGAUUCACCACGGUGGACGUGCCAAACCUCACCAAUAUGGCGCAUCCUCCGCAAAGUGGUGCCUCGGUGCAGGAAAAUCUUCAAGCCAUGGAGAAUAUCCCCGGCGAUACCCAAUGCGAUAAAGUCAAGGAUCUGUUUGAACGUAUCAACGUGUACUUGGGCAGCAAGAGUGAGCGGGUGACGGCGCUCCGGGCGUUGCGUUCGGGCCGUCUGGACGUGCGAAAGGCGCACUGCGAAUUCGAGAUUACCGCGGGGGAUACCCUGAGUUUGCUAGGUCGUUGGGAGGAUGCCCUUGAGGCAUACUUCCGCACCUUGGUGAUCUGCAUGAACGAAGAUGAAGCCGCCGCGGAGGCGGCAAAACGUGGUAGAUCCGUAUCCGGCCGUGGCGGUGGUGGCCAUACUACCGGCGCCACUGCCUCGGUUGGAACGGAUACGACGAGGCCUUUUGUGGAGCACUCAUCCGCACUCGAUCUUGAGCUACUGGGAGAGCUCAGUCAAGAAUUCGAAGAGGAAGAAGAGGAGGAGGAGGUCAUCAAAGGGAUUGGUUCGAUGAAUCUUUCAACCAGUACCGGGGCUAAGGACCUACGCGCCGUGAUGGCGCGUGAGGAGCACAUGAAGUACAAGGUGUGCGAAAACAUGGCCCUUAGUCGAAUCGCCAACGUCUACAAGGCUCUUGAUAACCCCAAGAUCGCCAUCCACUACCUUAAACCCGUUCUGGAGUACGCGAAGGAAAGCAAUAAUGCGCUUCUGGAGUACCAAUCGAUGCUGUCUCUUUCCCGGUUAUACACCAUCACGGAGGCGCAUGAGCUCGCGCAGGAGAUGUGGGAACGGGUGAGCGCGUUUGCUAAGCAGUACGGGGAUAAGGAGGUGAGCCGAGAAACCAUGCGCAACAUCGUUACGGUGCAGGAAGCCGCGAAGUUGUUUCCCGAUGUCAUCCGCACCGCGGAGGAGCUCCGACAGCUGGCGUCAGCCGCCGAAGGAAGCGACGCCACCGCGGACCUGCGGUACGCCUUGGAAGCCCUCGCCAACGCCCAUCUCGAGCUCGAACACUACAAGGAAUGCAUUGAAGCCCUGGAUGAGCGGGAGAAGGUGCAGGAAAAGUCGGGUGAAUGGAGUGGGAAGUUGCUCGAACUUCGCGCACGCGCGCGGCUUGGGAACGGGGAUACCACGGAGGCCAUCAAAAUACUCUCCACAUGGGUGAACAAGGCGAAACAACUGCAGAAUUGGUCAGAACUCGGGAAGGCAAACAGGGCGCUGGGGGCGGCUUAUAUCAUUAAAGGUGAUGCCUACGCCGCUCAUCGCUACCACCUGGCCGCCCUCCAAAGCUUUUCCCUCCUCAAAGGGGAUAUCGCGCAUCAAGACAAGCUUUGUGUGAUUGAAUCCGCCCGCUGGCUUGUGCAUAACUACUAUCUCAACGAUGAUAAGAUGCAGGUCGAUGUGGAGCUUCCGCAGCCGGAGAACUCCGGGAACACCCCCCCUGGGGUUGAUGAACACGCUACGAAGAAGGUCAUCAACGCCUCCAUCUUUUCAGGCGGGGGUGAGGUCUAUGAAAACGGCCUGCACAACCACAGUGGCGAUCUCGACCAAAUUUUAGAAGAGGAUGAAAAGAUGCGUUCUGGUUCUGGACUGAUCGAGAAUGAUCCAAACUACCUAACCGACGAUAACAUCAACACGUUUCUGGAUAGCAUCCAAAACCACAGCUUCGUUGGGAUGAACAUGUAUCUCGAUAAGAGCAAAGAUACGAGUGCGCGGACCUCGGGAACGACCUUCCCUGCUGACAUCAACGUCCCCUUUAACAAACCCGAAAGCAACAGUGGGGAGUUAUCCCCGCGGGAGAGCACCACGCCUUCUUCGAUUGGAAAUAUGAGCGACGGGGAUGGGGUGCGUGCGAAUACGGACUCCCCGAUCAACUUCGAGCUCGCCCCGCAGCCGGAGGGAACCGACAAGGAGGCGAGAACGCCCGCCGUGGAUCGCGAGGGAAGAGCCAUCAGCCACCCCCACCACGUCGAUGGCGAGCCGCCCUUAAACCCUUCCGAAGAGAGGCCAAGGCCCUCCCUGAUGACGCCCGCGCGAGCUCUCGCCGCGGCGCCGAGUAUGACUUCCACGAAUGUUUCCAUGUGCAGCCGCCUGGCCGCGGCGAUGGCGGGGACGGACGUGCUGAACGCGAUCCCCGGCCCCGACGGGCAUGGCGGGAUUCCAACGGGAAAACCCACCACCUCCUCCGGGGGAGGCGCGCGUUCCACCGGCGCCUUUCUCACGCCGCUUCUUCCGGAAGUCUUUUCAAAUCCGGCGGAGCAGCGCCGCGCCCGCCCCAGCACCGUCUCGACCCUUUGUUAUUAUCUCGCGUUACAGACGAUGGAGUGGAUGACGGGGUUGCUCUGCGGGGCGUGUAUGUUCCCGCAUUGUCGAUCCGUGAUUCCCUACUCGCCGGCGGAGCGGGUGGAUCUCGCGUUGCUCACCCACCCCCGCUGUGUGUUUGUCUUCUUCUUCGCGGAGUACGUCACGGAGUCGAGCUCGUCGUAUGAUGUGAUCAUUCGCCCGGCGAAUCACGUUCAUUUCAUGCAUCGCUACGCGCAAGUUACCACGUUGAAGGAGUAUUGCGACAAAAAACUCCUCACCAGAGUGGCGAAAAAAGCCGCCAAGCAGGUCGCCACCGGAACCGAUGGUUCGCUCACCAGCACCCUCGAUCGAACCACCAAAACGGUUCCCCUGAACUUAACGACGGAGCUCCUUUCGGGGGAGAUCCCAUCGAGGAUGGAAAGCAUGGGGUGCACGAACAAAAAAAGUAGUGCGGCGUGUGAAAGCAUCAUCGGAGGGAACGCGUCGGGGGUGAGCCCUGCGAUCUUGGAGCGCGUCCUUGAGGAUGAAACUCGGACGCAACUCGAGUAUCUCUAUGAUGAGCUCUGGCGACCGGUCCAAUCCUCCUUCCACCGCACGAAUCUGAAGCUUUCGGAUGCGGAAUGCUUGAUUAUCGUCGCGGAUCCUUCCCUUUGGCGGGUUCCGUUUCACGCGUUGUUGCCGAAUCCGGAGAAUCUCUUUCCCGGAGAAAGCAGCGAGCCGCUCGGGCAGCAGGUGACCCUCGUCGUCACCCCUUCCGUCGCGCAUCUCGUGCAGUACGGCGUCUCCCGGCGGGAGCAGAUCGCCCCGUCUUCCUCCUCCGCCUCCACCCUCAACCCCCCUCAUAAACGGCAAAAAAUCAUCUUUCUACCCGAAGAAGAGGCUCGCGCGAAUAAUCGAAAUCCCCAUCUGCUGGAGCCCGAGCAGCCGCCAUCCGGGGCGGCCUCUUCGCCUUCCGGGGGGGAGAUUCCUCCCCCUUUAGGGGAUCAGCGACCCUCCCUCACGGCGGAAUCCCUCGCGGAGGGUGAAGGCGAGGAUCCGUUCGCGCCCCUUCGUUCCGAAUGGGCGAUCCACGCGGGGUGCACGCGCAAGGAGCUCCUCCACGCCUUCGCCGAUUCCGAUAAUCGCGUGAUUAUGGCGUUGAACACCCCUGUGGAUGAUCGGCUGAAGGUGGCGGAUGGGGUGAUUGGGCUUCGCGAUUUAGCCUCGGCCCGGGCGCGGGAAGCCGGGGAGGGCGAAAAAGACAGCAAAGGAGGCGGCGGCGCCGCAGCUGGAGGGGGAGGGGGAGGAGGGUGUGCCGCGCACGGAUUGCAGCACCUUCGACUUCUCGUCAUGACGGUGGAUCGCGGGGUAUCCGCGAGCGUGACGGAGCCCGCCGGGGCGCUUAGCCUGUGCUUGAAACUUCGCUGCCCGCGUGCGUUGUUGCUGGAUGUGAUCACGGGAACGGCGAUAAACGCGAUGCAUAAGGAGUUUCUCGUGCUGUAUCUCUCGCAUUUGGAGGUGGUGGAGCGGUGGGAGAUGAAAUUCCCUUACGCGCUCGCCCUCCGCAUGACGUUAGGGAAGGUGAUUGAGCGGGGGUGGCCGGUGACGGUGUGGGGGGCGUUUACCCUCAUCGGCGCCCCUUAA